AUGUCCACCCCCGAGACCAAGAAUGAUUCAGCCAGCGAGAAGCCUGACGUCGUCCAUCAGGACGAUGCCCUCUUCCGGACCGUCAGUGAAGCUGGGCCGGAAAAGCCGAUCCCUCGGGUAGGCAAGGUCGACUAUUCCGGAGCCUACGAGAAGACCGACCCGAAGGAGAUCGCCUUGGUGAAGAAGCUGGACAAAUGGAUUAUGCCCAUGCUAUGGUCAAUGUACUGGCUCAAUUAUCUUGACCGGAACGCCAUCGCUCUGGCUCGCUUGAACGACCUCGAGGAAGACCUUAACCUUUCGAGUACCCAAUACCAGACUUGCGUAAGCAUCCUGUUUGUGGGCUACAUUUUGGGUCAGAUCCCGUCCAACAUGUUCAUAAAUCGAACCCGACCAAGUCGUUACAUGGGAAUCAUGAUGAUGUUGUGGGCAACCGUUAGCGCCCUCACUGCUCUUUCCAAGGAUUUCGUCGGCCUUCUUCUCACCCGCUUCUUCCUGGGUGUCACCGAGGCUCCUUAUUACCCAGGCGCAGUAUAUAUCCUUUCCGUGUUCUACAACAGGAAAGAGAUCGCCACCCGCAUCGCGAUUCUAUACACAGGCAACGUCCUUGCGACAGCCUUCGCGGGCCUUAUUGCCGCCGGUGUCUUUCAUGGUAUGGACAACGCCAUGGGCCUCGCAGGCUGGCAGUGGCUGUUUAUCCUGCAGGGAGCAGUAACUUUUGUCAUUGCUCUUGUCGGCUAUUUCGUUCUGCCGGAUUUCCCACUCACGACGAAGUGGCUGACCCCCGAGGAGCGUCAACUGGCUUAUAACCGUAUGGAACUGGACACGGUUCAGAACAAGGGCGAGACGGGUACUCUGGCUGGUCUCAAGCAGGCUGCUCGUGAUCCUCUGGUUUGGGUGUUUGCAGCAAUGGCGCAUAUGCAUCUAGCGGCCAACGGAUUCAAGAACUUCUUCCCAACCGUCGUCGAGACCCUGGGCCUCGGCGAAACUGUUACUCUUGUUCUCACCUGCCCGCCUUACCUGAUCGCCGGCGCGGUCACAGUCCUGCUCUCUUGGUCAUCUGGCCGCUAUAACGAGCGAACAUGGCAUAUCACCGUUUCAAAGACUGUGGCAAUCAUUGGUUUUGUUGCCGCGGCUGCUACACUCAACAUGGCAGGUCGUUAUGUAGCCAUGGUUAUAUUCACGAUCGGAACCUAUGGAGUCAACAGUCUCAUCCUUGGCUGGUGCGGCAGUGUCUGUGGACAAACAAAAGAGAAGAAGAGCGCGUCCAUCGCGAUCGUCACGACAAUCAUGAAUGCAAGCUUUAUUUGGACUCCCUACCUGUGGCCUAAGAGCGACGAACCUCGGUAUGCUAUUGCGAUGGGGGCUAGCGCAGGCUUCAGUUUGGCGACUUUCCUAUUAGCUUGGUUGGCCAAAUUCAUGCUGGUGCGAAGGAACAAUAAGCUUCGUCAGUCAAACAACGAGACAACCACCUUCUAUGUGUACUGA